UCUGCAGGAGGCACUCGGGCUGUUUCGGUUCCUGGUGCUGGCGCUGGAGAAACAUGACCUUCAGCAAUUUAUCUCCUAAACGACCCAGAACAGAGCUGAGCUAGGCUCUGCUUCUGCUCCAGACCCUCGCAGGCUGGCUGGUCUGCCUUGGUCCAUGUUAGACGCUAGAUGUCACCUGCAGAAGAAGAGAAGAGCUUACCUCUUCCAGAGAGAUGGCCCCGGGCCAGCAAAUUCGCUCUGUCAGCCUGUGCAGCGGCUGUGGCAGAACUAGUGACAUUUCCCCUGGAUCUCACAAAAACUCGGCUGCAGGUCCAGGGUGAAGCUGCCGUUCAUCGCCACGGAGCUGCCGCUGGCCAGGCAGUCCCUUACCGCGGCAUGCUGCGCACGGCGGCUGGCAUUGUGCAAGAGGAGGGCUUACGAAAGCUCUGGCAAGGAGCCACGCCGGCUGUCUACCGCCAUAUAGUGUACUCUGGAGUUCGGAUGGUUGCAUAUGAACAUCUCCGUGACUCCGUGCUUGGCAGGUCUGAGGAUGAAAGCUUUCCUUUCUGGAAAGCUGUAGUUGGAGGCAUGUCUGCAGGUGCCAUUGGGCAGUUUUUUGCCAGCCCCACUGAUCUGGUGAAGGUGCAGAUGCAGAUGGAAGGAAGAAGGAAGUUGGAAGGAAAGCCCUUACGGUUUCGAGGAGUACACCAUGCAUUUAUGAAGAUCCUGUCUGAAGGAGGAAUACGGGGGCUUUGGGCUGGAUGGGUGCCAAAUGUCCAGAGAGCUGCCCUGGUGAACAUGGGAGAUCUGACCACUUACGACUCGGUGAAACACUUUCUGCUUCUGAACACGCCGCUUGUGGACAAUAGCGUGACUCACAGUAUUGCCAGUUGCUGUUCUGGCCUGGUAGCUGCUGUUCUGGGAACUCCUGCUGACGUGGUCAAAACCCGGAUAAUGAACCAGCCAAGAGAUAAGCAGGGAAGAGGUCUGCUGUAUAAAUCGUCCACGGACUGCUUGAUUCAAACUAUACAGGGUGAAGGGUUUAUGUCCCUGUACAAAGGCUUUAUCCCAACCUGGAUGAGAAUGGCUCCUUGGUCACUGGUAUUCUGGCUCACAUAUGAACAAAUCAGAAGGAUCUGUGGAGUUAGUUCUUUUUAAAAUCGUGAAACCACUUCAGUAUCCAUAAAACAAAGAAGAAUCAGAAAGCUGACUUCUCAUUGCACGAGGCAUCCUGACCCCACAGGCAACUAAUUCAUUUAGGAGAUUGGCUGUAGGAUAACAUGUAUAGGUUGCUGCCUCAAAUCCAGUCCUUACUGGUUAGGAGUAGCCAUGACUUAAGGAUACUAUUUGUUUGUCAGACAGCGAUAUGAAAUUUAAGUUAUCCACAGGAUAAAACUGUCACAAAAUACUUCAACUGGCAGCCAGCAUCAGCUUUCUGAAACAGUAAACAGAGGUAAAAAACAAAUAUUCCAAGCAAGUAGAAUAUAAUACUGUUUGCUUUUUUGAUAAUAGAGAUGGUUCUUAUUGUUAAGGACAUAGAGCAGGUUGAACAUUGCAGCGCUGAAUGUCUUCUGUGGCUAAACAUUCUAUAAAAUUAUUUGAGAAUUUUUGUUACUAUUGUAUUUGCACACACAUAAAGAACUACCUCUCUUUAGUUUGAUGCCUCAGUAAACCAAGCCUGUAGUAGUAGGGACUGAAAAAGACUAGAGCAGUUUACCCGAUUUCAAAUUUGUUUUGCACAAAAGAUGGAAGGGUUUACCCAGAGACAGCCUGACCUGUUCAGUCAACAAUUUGAGUAACAUCCAAAAGUGAAAUGCAGCCCUGUAACCCAGGAAAUCAAAAGCAUAGUUUGCUCUGCCCCUCUUGAAGGACUCAUAAUACACAUGCUGUCCGUAAUACCAAGCUGAACUACUUGUCCUCUGAGAGUCCCAGUGCUGAUGUGGCAGACUGGAUCAUUAAAGCACCACUUUUCCAUGGAAAUCCACACUCUGCCCAUUUCAAAUCUAAGUGGAAAUAUAAUCUCUUCAAAAACACAAAAUGUUUGUAUAGGAGUGAUUUUUUUUUUUUUUUAAAACCUCAAGCUUUCCAGAUUUUCUAGGAAGGGGACUACUGCUGUUUGCCAUUAGGCAUAUCUUUGGCAAUCAGGAGGCAAAAAGGCAGUGUAAAAGCAACCAUAAUGUAGGCAGAACAAAGCUGGCUUUAAUUUAGCAGUAUCUAGUAAUGAGAUGGCUGUACAAGACUUAGCUCUCUGAGUAAAUACUCAGGAUUUCUUCUAUACUAGUCUUUGCAACUAGUAUCUUCAAUGUGCCAAUUUCUGGUUAAAUAUAGUUUGGGUAUCUUCUUGGCUUGCACUUGUACUUUUUGAUUUUAUUGUAAAUCUGUCGUGGCUGCACGCAUUUGGGUGUGUGAUUCCAGCUUGGAAAAAAAAUCAUCUCACCAUUAUUAGGGGGUCAGUAGUUUUUGUUCUGAAAUACUGUUAUGUUUCUAGUUGUCAGUGUCAGAAACUAAUCUGAGUUCUUCUUGCACACCUCACCAGUGAUUAUAAAAUAGCAGUCUAAGCUGCUGCUUCAGUUACACCCUGAGUGGUCCUGCCUGCAAUCCUGUUAGUCAGUUAACCCUGAUGAUGGACCUGCAGAAGUACCUGAGCUAUUGUGUUGAAAAAAGUAAUUUAAAAACUCUUGUAGUGAAAAAAAUGUUUAACUCUUAAAUAUUUUUUUGACUGUGAAACACUAUA